AUUUCUUCAAAUUCCAACUUCUAUUAAUCUUGUUCUUCAUUUUUCAUUCGAGUUGACUUUUUUCCCAUUUUCAAAGAUGACCCUUUUAAGUUUUUGUGGAUUUUAAGGAGUUUAACCUCUGUAAUUAUGUCAAAUUAUUUUUCUUAACUCUUUUUAGAUUUUUGUUUGUAUUGAUCUGUGUUGACUUUAAGUAGCUUUAUUUCAUCAGGUCAACCUUCAUAUCUCUCCUCGAUUUAACUUGCUUGCUUUUUCUACAAGCCUUGUAUUAAUCUGUAUUGAAUUAUAAUCCAACACAUUGUGAUAACACCAGUUUCUGCUGUGUUAUGGUCUCUAAUUUGGACUUGUUUUGAUACAUCUGAGAACCAUUUCGAAUAAGUCUGAAAAUAUUGGGCUAGAUAGGGAUUACAUGUCCUGAGAACCAGGUGCCAUUUUGCUGUAAUGAAAAGGGAACUUUGCUAGACUUUUCUGUUAUGAGUUUGGUAAAAUCUAAGUUCCUUUACUUUUAAUCAACAACAAUUCGAGUGGAAAUCCAUGGCACGAGCUUCGCCAGUACUUUUGAUUCUUUUGGCUAUUGUUUUUUCCUUUGCCACUUAUAAUUUGUUAACUACAAUAAUCCGCUAUAGAUCUACUGGUAGUUUAGUAGGUGACUAUUCAGAUGGCAUGCUUUUGUCUGACCCCAUUGUUGCGAGGCCUAAGAAUGUGAGACGUGUGGGGAACUCGAAGUCAUUAUUCCACGUUGCUUUAACAGCAACUGAUGCUCCAUAUAGCACAUGGCAGUGUCGAAUAAUGUACUAUUGGUAUACGAAACAAAAGGUUAUGCCUGAAUCUGAGAUGGGAGGAUUCACUCGAAUUUUGCACUCGGGAAAUCCUGACAAUUUGAUGGAUGAAAUUCCUACUGUCGUAGUCGAUCCCCUUCCUGCAGGUCUAGACCGAGGAUAUAUUGUCUUAAACAGACCAUGGGCCUUUGUUCAGUGGCUGGAGAAGGCUACCAUUGAAGAAGAUUACAUUUUGAUGGCAGAACCCGAUCACAUAUUCGUGAAUCCUCUACCUAAUUUGGCUCAUGGAGGAUAUCCUGCUGCCUUUCCAUUUUUCUAUAUCACACCUGCUCAACACGAGAACAUCAUAAGGAAGUUUUAUCCCGAGGAAAUGGGCCCGGUCACAAAUGUUGAUCCAAUUGGAAAUUCCCCUGUCAUUAUCCAAAAGGAGUUGCUGGAAAAGAUUGCUCCUACAUGGAUGAAUGUUUCAUUGAGGAUGAAAGAUGAUCCCGAGACAGAUAAGGCUUUCGGAUGGGUACUAGAAAUGUAUGCUUAUGCUGUGGCAUCGGCUUUACACCGGGUGCAGCAUAUUCUCCGCAAGGAUUUUAUGCUUCAGCCCCCUUGGGAUUUAGAUAUUGCUAACAAGUUCAUUAUUCAUUAUACCUAUGGAUGUGACUAUAACUUAAAGGGUGAAUUAACAUACGGUAAGUUUGGGGAGUGGCGAUUUGACAAGCGGUCGUAUUUACGUGGACCUCCACCAAGAAACCUCUCCCUUCCACCUCCCGGUGUUCCCGAAAGUGUGGUAACCCUUGUUAAGAUGGUGAAUGAAGCUACUGCUAACAUUCCGAAUUGGGGCAAGAGCGAAGCGCAAUAGUAUCGAUAGCAUUCUCGAUUAUUAUAUUAUACUGAUUUCGAUGAGGGAAAAUUUUGAUCUUACUUUUUUUUUUGGAAAGCUUAAUACAUGAAAAAUUCAUGUGGUUGCUAAAUGGAAAAUAUUAGUAAAAUUUAUGUGGAUAACUUACUUGGGAAUUAUAGGUUUUCUUAAGGGUGGUCUUUGUAGGGUAAGUUGGUUAGCUUUUGUACUUGCUUGGUAGCAAAUGAUGUCAUGAGAGUGUUUUUUGGUUUCAUUUCUUGAUUGCCUUUGUUGUAAACAAACAUUCAAGUCAAAAUAAUAUGUUUUGAUAAAA